CUCCCGGGUGACUCGGUAACCUGUCGCUCAGGUUCCUCCUCUCACAGCCCCGCCCCGGCCUAUCCGGUCCAGCAGAGGUCCCGCCUGUCCGGGGAGAGGGAGCUCCACAGCCGCUGAGGCUCUGACAGACGGCCAGGCGGACAAACUGACCUAGGGGACUAGCCAAGCGCAGUCGCUGGCUGCCGGAGAGCAGGUGGAAACCAGGCACUGGGCCCUAGACUCCAGCCAGACUGAGGUCUGUCCUACUUGACGCUGGCCACCACUGGGGACAGCAUGAGCCAAUCAGGGUCCAUGAGCUGCUGCCCAGGAGCUGCCAAUGGCAGCCUGGGCCGGUCUGACGGUGUGCCCAAGAUGAGCGCAAAGGACUUGUUUGAGCAGAGGAAGAAGUACUCCAACUCCAACAUCAUCAUGCAUGAGACAUCACAGUACCAUGUCCAGCACCUGGCCACAUUCAUCAUGGACAAGAGUGAGGCUAUUUCAACAGUGGAUGAUGCUAUCCGGAAGCUGGUGCAGCUGAGCUCCAAGGAGAAGGUCUGGGCCCAGGAAGUGCUGCUGCAGGUGAACGACAAGUCACUGCGUCUUCUGGAUGUGGAGUCUCAGGAGGAGCUGGAGAACUUCCCACUGCCCACUGUGCAGCACAGCCAGACAGUGCUAAACCAGCUCCGCUACCCCUCUGUGUUGCUGCUGGUGUGCCAGGACUCGGACCAGAGCAAGCCUGAUAUUCACUUCUUCCACUGCGAUGAGGUGGAGGCAGAGCUGGUACACGAGGACAUUGAGAGUGCCCUGGCUGACCACCGGCUGGGGAAGAAGAUGCGGCCACAGACCUUAAAGGGACACCAGGAAAAGAUCCGUCAGCGGCAGUCUAUCCUGCCUCCUCCUCAGAGCCCAGCCCCCAUUCCCUUCCAGCGACAGCCUGGAGAUUCCCCUCAGGCCAAGAACCGGGUAGGCCUGCCAGUGCCAAUGCCAUUCAGUGAGCCAGGUUAUCGCCGUCGGGAAUCCCAGGAUGAGGAGCCACGGGCCGUGCUGGCUCAGAGAAUAGAAAAGGAAACGCAAAUCCUCAACUGUGCCUUGGAUGACAUUGAAUGGUUUGUGGCUCGGCUGCAGAAGGCAGCUGAGGCCUUCAAGCAAUUGAACCAGCGGAAGAAGGGGAAGAAGAAGAACAAGAAGGGGCCGGCAGAGGGUGUCCUCACGCUUCGAGCACGCCCCCCCUCAGAAGGAGAGUUUGUUGACUGUUUCCAAAAAACCAAGCUAGCCAUCAACCUGCUGGCAAAGCUACAGAAGCAUAUCCAAAACCCCAGUGCGGCUGAGCUGGUGCACUUCCUCUUCGGGCCUCUGGAUCUGAUUGUCAACACCUGUGGUGGCCCAGACAUUGCACGCUCUGUCUCCAGCCCUUUGCUGUCCACUGAAGCUGUGGGCUUCCUGCGUGGCCACCUGGUCCCCAAAGAGAUGACACUGUGGGAAUCAUUGGGGGAGACCUGGAUGAGGCCUCGCUCUGAGUGGCCCCGGGAGCCACAGGUACCGCUUUAUGUACCUAAGUUCCACAGCGGCUGGGAACCACCUCUGGAUGUCCUACAAGAAGCUCCCUGGGAAGUAGAGGGACUAGCAUCUGUGCCCAGCGAUCAGCUGACCCCCAAGAGCCGACUAUCCAUACGAAACUCCCCGAAGCACAGCCUCUCUUCUGAGUCCUCAGCCCCAGAAGACAUUGUACCACCAGGCAGCUCCCCACAUACUAACAGGGGCUACCAGCCGACACCACCCAUGGCCAAAUAUGUGAAGAUCCUCUAUGACUUCACAGCACACAACGCCAAUGAGCUGUCCGUGCUCAAGGAUGAGGUCCUGGAGGUGCUGGAGGAUGACCGGCAGUGGUGGAAGCUUCGAAAUCGCAGUGGCCAGGCUGGCUAUGUGCCUUGUAACAUCCUGACUGAGGCUCGGCUGGAGGACAUGGGUGCCUCCUUGGAACAGUCUGGCCAGAAAUAUUGGGGUCCUACCAGCCCCACCCACAAAGUGCCCCCAAUUUUCGCAGGGAACAAGGAAGAGCUAAUCCAACAAAUGGACGAAGUCAACGAGGAACUCAUAAAAAAGAUCACCCACAACAAGGGACAGCCGCAGCGCCACUUCCGCGUGGAGCGCAGCCAGCCGGUGCACCUGCCGCUCACCUUCCAGUCAGAGCCUGAGGAAGUCCGUGCCUGGCUGGCAGCCAAGGGCUUCAGCAGCAGGAUUGUGGAGAACCUGGGAGUCUUGAAUGGGCCCCAGCUCUUCUCCCUCAACAAGGAGGAGCUGAAGAAGGUGUGUGGAGAAGAGGGCAGCCGUGUGUACAGCCAGCUCAUGGUUCAGAGGGCCUUCCUGGAGCAAAGUGAGUCGGAGCUGGAGGAGCUUAUGAACAAGAUUCAUCCCAAGAACCAGAAGAGGGCAGAGGACAGCUAGACCAACCUGCACACUUCACCAGAGGCAGAGGGGAGGCUGCAUCUGUAGCAGGCCCAACCCUAAUGCAUGGAGUAUUAUUUUUAUAUGUGUAUUAUUUUAUACCAAGGACACGGAUGGGCUGAGUGUAGCUGGCUCACCUGCCUCCAGGCAGGGUCCUGUGCAUGGGCCCAGCUACACCUGUGGGUGGCUCCUUUGCCACCACAACCCCAGCCCCAACCCAUACUCUCCUCUCCAAACCAAGGCCAGCCUCAGCCAAACCUGUACCUGGCAGUGCCAGUCCCCCCUCAACCUGCUGCCAAGGCCCCAAGACUCUCCAGGUGGGCAAGGCCUCUUUCCUGGCCUUCCCUAUGCACACUGGGGCUCCUGUCCCAUGAUUCUGGGCCCAACUCCACACCUCUCCCUUGUGUUACUGGCUUCAACAUUCUCGUGCCCCUGCAUCCACUGUGCACCACCUGCAGGAUGGGCCUGAACUCCCGGCCGGCCAGCUUGAUGACCUUGCCCACUCCCUUCACACUGCACCCCAAGAACCACCUGGUCAGGGGCUCCAGGGCAGGAGGCUUUGGGUGCCCUGCUGGUGUAGAGUAUGCUGUAUUCUUUAUUCUUUCAAGAUGUAAGAAUGGACUAGACGUAGGUACUGACUUCAGAUGUCCCAUCCCACCUAAAGAGCCUGGGUCAACAGUUGUUUCUGGCUGUUUCCACCAGCCUCUGUGCUGGUGGCUGGUGAGGUUCCCAGCGCUGGAUGAAGCCUCAGACCCAGAGAUGAGAGUGGGGACUCCACAGCUAUAUCAAUAAACCAGUUGUCUCCUAGCAA